GUGAUAUUCCUGCUCGUGUAGUUCUGCUUAUUGUUUUCCCCUUUUGCUUUUCUUUCAUCUAUCUAACCAUUCGUGAAGAAAGAGAGAAGACGUACUUAGUAGUUGAACCUGAAAUAUUAAGUAUGAAAUUGGUCCCGCUCGAGACGAGUGUGAGUGCGGAAGGCCUCCUUAUUUUGAAGCGUGUGAAACUAACAUAUGGAGGAAACGAGAGGACAGGAAGAUUGCCGUGAUUAUACCAUCAUGGCUACAUUAGAAAUAUUUCGAGGGACGAUUGUAAGUGCACUUUUUCUACUCCAUAUUUCAGACCGAGGUUGUCGUGAAGGUCCACCGCAGACUCACUUCUACAAAGCGAGUCGACUAGUCGAGGGAAUUGCACAAAGACAGAAAAAACUGGACGAAGAUGGGUAAUUAAGUACAACACCUAGAUUUUGUUGACAACGAGAUGCAUUCUACCAGCAAACGAGAGUGUUGUAGACUGCUUUAGCUGGGCAGCUGGAGGUACUGGUCGAACGACCGCACGUCUUUGACGUGUGAGUCGCAGAUUUUUCAUAUUUUUUUUUCGGAAAAACAAAAAAUCAUGGCCACCUCCCGUACCCGCCCCCCCUCCGAUCGGGAAUUGGACCAGACUUUCGCCAAACUUGCUGACCAAAUCCGGGCCCAACUUGAGGUGUUCGUGGACCCUAGCAAAACGAGUGCUGGGGGUAAGUCCGUCGUUUUCGGGAAGAUCGGAGGGAGCAGGAAUCAGACAGCUGGAAGGACUUUCUCAUCGAGGAGCGCACUAUCAAAUGCAAAUAUGUCUGGGUCUGGGAGUGGGAGACUGCUAAUUUGUCGUGCUUGUCUCGCAUGAUUCUCAAAUCUGUGAUGCAGGAGGAACAGAGGAAAACCACUUUGCCUGUCAUGCAAAAGCGCAGUGUGCCAUGCGGAAUGCGCAACACAUAGUGGCUGCAAAACUUGUCAUGCUCGGCUGCGUACUGCAGUGCGCCCAUCACUGGCGGACUUGCAUUACAAGUUUCCAGGCCCAGACAUAUUUGCAAGGCAUACGCACACGUCCAACACCAUUUCCCCAAGCCCCAGCUGUACCGCUGCUCGAACACCGACCGCAACCAGCAUCACAGACUGUCGAAAUAUGGAAGUGCACAGCUGUAGUAAGUACCUCUCGUGGUCCCCAGGUCUCAUUUGUAAGUUUGUAGUUUUGUGAUGCAAAAAUACCAGAAUCCCAGACCAGUCGUGUCUUCUCGACGUAUGCCACUGUUAAUGAAGAACUCAACGGACACAGCACUACAACGAUCCGAGCAGGAACCAAGAUUUCUCUCUAUGAACGUUGCAGAAGCCGCUUGGUUCUUUCUUCUCGCUGUAGCAGCCUUUGCUUUAUCGAUGCCCUUUAUUUUUCGAUACGGGAAAUUUAUUUUUGGCGGGAGGUGGUGUGCACUCUCAUACGAAAGCGUUGAACGCUUGGCUCGACAAAUUUUACCACGAUGUGUUCUCUGAAGACGAACGGGCAAUCUGGGCCUACUAUCAAGUGCAAAACUGUCUGGGUCUGGAAACUUGUGAUGCAAAAAGUGAAUGGUAGACGGACUGCAAUACGCAGCUAUUCAUGACAAAUUUUUUGGCUCCCAUGUCUUACGUAUUCCGCACGACAAACUGCGUUUCUGCAUGACAGGUAAGAGGGCCUUUUCGUGCCUGUGCAACACAGAUUCUCGAGUCAUGCUAGACACGCAUGACAAACUUGCACUCUUCCAGACCCAGACAUUUUUACACUUGAUACCUACACCGAAGAAUUCAAUCUUCCAUCUUCCACUACCGCAUCACAACUGUACCGCGCAAAAGAAGCAACGGUGGAGGCGAACAGGAAUAGUGUGAAAUCGCUCCGGAACGCCCAUGCGGCGGCGCUGUUGCUGGGGUUGAUCGAUGUGGACGUGCCGUUGCUGGACCGCUUCAAUUAUGAACUGCAAAAGUAUCGUACUCGUAUAAAUGCAUUACAAAUUUCCUCAGCAUGACAAAUAAAGUUUGUAAUGCGGAUUUCCCUUAAGAAAAAAAUUUGUAUGCAAGGCGUUGGGUUACCCGGUCGGCAGAGCCGAUCCACAACGAGCGAAUGACUGCAAUACGAGUGCGAUGCUUUUGCACACGAUAUCAAAAAGCCGCCCCACCUCGGGCCGUUGCGACCGUUGCCGAGCGGGUUUGUGCUGCGAGUGCGACAUCUGAAACUGCAAGCCAGGACCAAUGCGCUGUCGGGGUUUGAGUUCGGGGGAACCUGUGGUACAACUACGGGGGCGAUGUUUGCGCCGCAGACAAGAAGUGGUAGUUGUACAACUUCUAGGGGAAUGAACAACUUCUACAAUAAAGCGAUCGUUUGUGGCAGACAUCAAAAUCUCCUGCCAGAUAACUUUCUCCUCUUCGACAACAAAAAUUCCUCCAGCAGCACACGAGUCCACUACCUGGAGCACUUAUUGCACGAAACUCGGGACAAAUUUUCUAAAACCGCGGACGAGCGGCGUAAGCUGAUGCGGAAAAUUGAAGUUUUGCAGGAAGACAACCGGCGGCUGCGGACGAAAAUGGUCACGAAGGUGAAUUCAGCGGCGAGUCUGGAGUAUGAAAUGCAAAUAUGUCUGGGUUUGGAAGAUUAAAACUUGUCAUGCUAAAUCUGAAUGAUGCAAAAAUCUGUGUUGCGUGACUACCAAAAGCUGUCCCCUUUUGACCAAAUUGAGUUGGAGUUUCUCAUGCAGGAAAGGCAUGAUAAAGACCUAAAAGAAUCUGUCAUGCUAGUUCUCGCAUUUCGAUUUCAGACCUCAUGGCUCAUGCAAAACGUGCAUGACAAGUCGCAGCAUACUCCAGACCCAGACAUUUUUGCAUUUGAUAUGGAGAAUACUACAACUGCCGUGGUCGCGAAUGCGAAGCAGGAAACGCAAUUUCAUUUGAACCGUGUUGAGGCUCAUUCUGGAAACAAGGAAAACUUGGAAACCACCUUUGACGAGGUUUUGUCGCAUCUGGAACCGAACUGGAACCACGCGAAUGAUAACAAUAACACCAGAGCAGGACCACUUUCCUCUGUCCGUCGGAACUCCACCCGGGUGCUUGAAUAUGACGAUCCAGGAACAAGAACAAUCUACGGCAAAAACAUGGGCAACACCUAUCCUGUGCAAAAGUAUCGUACUCGUAGUAAUCGCAGGCAUGCAUUACAAAUUUUUUUCCUAAGGUCAAUCAGCAUUACAAAUUCCAUUUCUCAUGCGGAGAAAAUUUGUAAUGCAAUUCAUACUAGAACUAGUGCGAUACUUUUGCAAUGCAUAACACAAGCACAGCAACGAAGCCGAAUUUUUCCGCUUUGUCGCACGACCAUCACAAGUUUUCUGUGGAACAAGGUGACGAACAAAUACAGUUGCAAACGCUGACGGAUUUCAGUACUGGGGAGAUCAUACGGAAGAACAACGCCAACUCACAGCAACUCCUGCGAGAUGAAAAUUGUUCUCGCGAUGAACAGACCUCCGCAAUGUUGACCGCUCAUGAUUUCCAGCUCCAGUCUCGUUUCGCGGAGAACGAACGGAUUUUGGAAACGGAAGCAGAGUUUGUUCGGAGCCGGGGUUUGCGCGGAAUGCCAGUGCCGAAAGCGGAUUUGGUAGAUGGGACGGAUAGUAGUUGUGAGAAUUCAAAGAUCGAGGUAGAAGCAGAACAAAAAGUAGACCACGACUCGCCCGAGAAGAUUGAAACGUACUUGAACGGAAAAUUGCCUACGCAUUGCAAAUAUGUAGUCUGGGUCUGGAACGAAGGAAGGAUGACACUUGUGAUGCUGCAUUUGGAUUCUACAAAAAUCUGUAUUGCAUGAACCACAAGAGAGAUCCAAUUUUUGCUACAGCGAGAAGGUACUUAAUUCUCAUGCAGUAUAGGCAUCCGGAAUCCCUCGCAAAAUCUGUGAUGCAAGGGCAUGCAUCGCAAGACAUCAGGAGUCCUGCAAAAUGCGCAUGACAAGCCUUGCAUCUUUCCACACCCAGACACAUUUGCGAUUCAUAUUGCCGGAGUGUUUGCUAAACGAAACCAUGACCACAACUUCGGGAGUACAACCAGGUAUAUCCCACGAAAAAACUGUUUCACUGUGAACUUGCGAUGCAUAGAAUGGAGCACAGAACUAUCUGUCUUGCUACACCUGCAAGACCUUGACUCUUUAGUGGUGUUUAGUUCCCCUUGAAAGCGCGCAUGGCACAUUUUCCGUGUCAUGUGUAACAAACUUGUGAUGCAGAUCUUGCAAAAUCAUCACAGUGAAACAGUUUUUUCGUGGGAUAAGCAAGUUCUAGUUUUUAUUCCGGAGUAGAACACACGACCGGUCAGCCGGCGAUCAUGCUGGGAGCAACCUUCACCAGCUAUCGCAGGAAAAAAGUGUUACAGUUACACAUUGUGUUGCAAGCCCAGCAUGACAGACAGCCUCUGUCAUGCCGGAUAAACCUAGAAGCCUUGUUUCAUACGUGUUUUCCCGUAGGAUUUCUGCACUGCAAGUUUUCUCUCUAAUGCAGAGAAAUUUGUGUUGCUGCAUUGACAACAAAUGUGUAACUGUAUCACUUUUUUCUUGGGAUACCUGCGCAGCUACAGGUACUAGUAGUUCUACUACAGGAGUAGACCGGUUGGCUCUGAGCACCACAAUCGGGGCGGGGAAUAUGGAAACGUAUUUGAACGGACGGCUGCCGGAUGUGUUGUUGUUGUCCAACGCGAACAAUAAACAGGCUGCUGCAGCUCCUGCUGCCUCCCAACACAGGCGGGAACAACUACACGAUGAUAUAGUAAACACGGAGGAACAGAUUGUGUCAAGUCCGAAAAAUAAACCCGUUCGUACCGCAGAGGACAAAUUUGCUUCGUACUUGACCAAAUUUACAAUGGAAACCACGGAACUGCUGAAGCGGUAAGUGGGUGGAGAUUUACUUGGGUAGUAAUCGGGAAAAAAAAAUUUUGCGCUUCUUCGUUUUCCGGGGUGAUUUUUCGAUAAACUAUCAGUUCGAGUUCGUCGUUUCAGUUUUAUUUCACCGCACGAGAGUUUCGUUAUCAGCCUCUGUUUAUGCCGCGUUGUGUUCGUCGUUGCAGACUUUGAUUUCUGUCAACGCCGGCGGGUCUUGCGCAAGAACUAAGAUGAUUUCACAACUUGGUCGUGCCGAAAGUAAUGUUUCAGUUUCAAAAUGUAAGCACAGCUGCAGGAUGAAUGUUUCCGCCUCAUCGCGAAGAGGAGGAUGGCAAGAACGUGCUGCGCAACUUGCCGCGCCUUUGUGGAGAAAUAGAUCAAGCAGGAGAAAGAUUUGAGUAUGCAUUUUUUGUACGCGAAGCGAACGACUUGAUCUUGAAGCCGUUGUCGUUCUUGACUUUGAAUUUGAAACACCAAAGACGAAGGAGUGCAGCACAUCUACUUACUGUGUGGGGCUCGAGAAGUGGCUUCUGCACCAGCG